AUGUCAAGCGCAGUUGAGAAUUGGCUUUCUCUCGAUUUCGAUAAGAACACCCGUAAGGAAGCCCAAGAGCUUACUCCUGAGGAGAUCGAAGAUCGCCUCAAUCCUAAUCAUCGUAUGGAAUUUGGUACCGCUGGUCUUCGUGGCGAGAUGGGAGCUGGCUUCAACCGUAUCAAUUGUUUGACUGUGAUGCAAGCUGCUCAAGGACUAUGUAUGCAAUUGAUCUAG